CAUAUUGUGAGAGAAGCAAAUGUUUGGUACAGCCUGGAGCACGCAAACCUUGUUUCGUUGUACGGUGUCUCCUUGGAUACCGAACGCGAGAGGAUUUCCCUCAGAUCUCCAUGGAUUCCAUUUGGAGAACUGGGGAGAUACUUGAAGGAGUGUGAAAGUCCAGAUCGCUUGAAAUUGGUGCAGGGCAUCGUUCGUGGAACAGAAUACCUACAUUCAAAGAAUCUGGUUCACGGAGACAUCAGAGGGCGCAAUGUGUUUGUCGACAGUGACGGCAACGCGAAGUUAGCAGACUUUGACAUAUCAAGGCUUCCUGGGCAUCUGUUAGAGACAAUCAGUAGCAUGGGAUACCACAGCCAAUAUCGCUGGAUGGCACCAGAACGUAUCCAUCCCACGUUAAAUGGGUUGACCGAGAGAACCGCCUACAGUCGAGCAUCGGACGUGUAUUCGGUUGGUAUGACCAUCCUAGAGAUCUUUACUGGUCGUGUCCCUUUCCAGGGGUCUCUCGAUUUCGUUGUUCUCAAAGGAAUCAUCAACGGUCUCAGACCUCCCAAUCCAGGACCUGCAGCGACCGAAAAGGGCCUCAGUCCUGAAUUGUGGAAAAUCAUGCAGGCGUGUUGGGACCGCGACCCAGCAAAAAGACCAAAUAUAAGCGUGAUAUCUCAAACAAUCCAAUCAGAGCGCCGGUACAGUCUGCACUACACAUCGACUAUAUGA